UUCAAAAUGUCGACCAAAACAGAACCAGUGUGCCAAAUAUUCACAUUUCGGGACUGCAAAACAUCCCCCGACCCGAUUUAUGAGAUCCCUGCCCAGUGUUUACAUCCAUCCCCGGUCCCGUUAGUGAUCGAUAACGGCUCCUUCCACACCCGGGCCGGCUGGGCGUGCAAAGGGGAUGAACUGGGCUCCCCAAGGCUGCUCUUCAGGUCCGUGGCUGCGAGGAGCCGAGGAGCCGCUCGGAGCGAAACCCAGAUCGGAAACGACAUCUCCAGCAUUGAACCUCUGCGAUGGCUCCUCAAGAGCCAGUUCGAUAGGAACGUGGUGGUCAACUUCGAAAUCCAGGAGCUGAUAUUCGAUCACAUAUUCACGCACAUGGGCAUCACAUCAGAGGCCAAGGUGGAGCAUCCCGUGGUGGUGACGGAGGCUCCGUGCAACCCGCUGCAUUGUCGUCAGAUGAUGUCCGAGCUGCUGUUUGAGUGCUACCAGGUGCCCCACGUCUCCUACGGCGUGGACGCCCUGUACAGCUUCAACAGCAACAACGCUCAGCGGGGCCUGGAGGGUCCUCAGACCGGCAUCGUCCUUUCCUCCGGAUACCACUGCUCACACAUCCUCCCUGUGAUCAACGGAAGGCUGGACGCGGGGAACGCUCAGCGUGUGAACGUGGGCGGCAGCCAGGCGGCGUCGUACCUGCUGCGGCUGCUGCAGCUCAAGUACCCGGGUCACCUGGCGGCCGUUACGCUCAGUCGCAUGGAGGAGCUGCUGCACGAGCACAGCUACACGGCCGUGGACUACCACAAAGAGCUGGAGCGCUGGCGCAGCCCCGACUUCUACGAGCGCGAGGUCCACCGCAUGCAGCUGCCCUUCUCGGCCAAGGCGGCCCCCGGGGCCUGCGCCAGCGCCGAGGAGCGGCAGGAGCGCCGCGCGCAGCAGCUGCGGCGGCUGCAGGAGAACAACGCGCGGCGCCGCGAGGAGAAGCUGCAGCACGACCAGGAGCGGCUGGACAAGCUGCUGGCCGUGCAGGAGCUGCUGGACGACGGCCUUCUGGAGCCGUUCCACAGGAACCUGGUGGAGCUCAACAUGGACUCGGCGGAGGAGCUCCAGUCCUACGUCACCAAGCUGCAGCUGGCGGUGGAGCAGGGCCGGCUGCGGCUGCUGGGGGGCGACGGCGCCGAGGGGAGGGCCGAGGGGUCCGAGCUGGACCCGCAGAUGGAUGAGGGGGACGGCGUGGCCCUGAUGGACCCGGACCUCCCCCCGGACAACGCCCUGAUGGACAAGUCCGCCAGCGUUCAGCCCCAGUUCAACAUGGCCGAGUACCACCAGCUGUUUGUGGGGACGGAGCGCCUGCGCUGCCCGGAGAUCGUGUUCCAGCCCUCGCUGACGGGCGAGGACCAGAUGGGCGUCAUGGAGACCCUGCAGCACGUCCUGGCCAGGUACACUCCAUCGCAGCAGGAGGCGCUGGUGAGCAACGUGUUCCUGACCGGAGGGAACAUGCUGUACCCAGGCAUGAAGGAGAGAGUGGAGAGAGAGCUGCUGGCUAUGAGACCCUUCCAGUCCCACUACAAGGUGACCCUGGCCGCCCGGCCGGCGUUGGACGCGUGGUACGGGGCCCGGGACUGGGCCCUGGGGGGCCCGCCCAGCGGGGGGGGGGGGCCGGUGGAGGGCUGGGUCAGCAGGCGGGACUACGAGGAGAAGGGCGGCGACUACCUCAGCGAACACCGCGCCUCCAACGCCUUCGUCUCCAUGAGGAUCGCCAAGCCCGCCCCCUCCGUCCCCCGCCCCGCCGAACCCGCCGUCGCCACGGCGACCGGGGACACGCCCACAGCCGCGGUGGUGCCGGGAGGACCGGCCGUCCCUGCCGCCUCCGUUCCCGCCUCUGUGGAGGCUGAGAUGGUCACGUCCUAGGACGUCUAAAUAGAGCAGAUCUAUGAGAUGGACGUCUAAAUAGAGCAGGUCUAUGUGAUGGACGUCUAAAUAGAGCAGAUCUAUGUGAUGGACGUUUAAAUAGAGCAGAUCUAUGUGAUGGACGUCUAAAUAGAGCAGAUCUAUGUGAUGGACGUCUAAAUAGAGCAGAUCUAUGUGAUGGACGUUUAAAUAGAGCAGAUCUAUGUGAUGGUUGGGACUUCAUAGGACGUUUAAAUAGCUGACGCCAUUCAUAUUGAAUUGGUUCUUAAUAUGUACAUUGAUAUUUCUGGUAUGUUUUAUACGCUGGGUGGCUUCAGGUCGUACCAAGUCCAGACUCAAGUCACUCCCUGAGGCUCCUUGCUCGGGCUCUGAGCUAUGUUCUUAGUGUGUGGUCGACAUUGGAGGCCCGAUAUCUCAGUAAUGAAAGAGGCUGUAAGAAUAUGGUGUUUAACACAUCUUCAGUUGUAGGACAGUAGCAAUAGGUUUUGUAGUCAAGGUUCGGCAGUGAUCGAUUGAAUAUAUAUACAUCUUUAUUUUUUUUCAAAAAAUAAAAAAAUGUGCUGUUCCUGACCAAAUAUUAAUGUAUGUGUGACAACACACACACACACACUGAAAAAGAUUGUAAAUUAGAACAUUCAAAUGUAAUGCCGAGUUGGUCGACAUCAGAUAAGAACUUCAUUUCAUCCAAUGCAUGGGAAAUUAACUUCUUACAACAGCCCAUGGAAUCUAAAGUAUGCAAUAAUAAAAUGAAAAGUAUAAAGAAUCCAACAAUCAUACAUCCAAAAGAUAAUACAAUAUAAAAUGUAUAAAUCUGUGAUUACAAUGUCAUGGCAUAAGGGCAUAAACUGCACACGCCCAUGAGCUACACAAUCAAUGAGGCCAAGAGGUGCCUCUCUACAGAAUAAAAAACACUUUGUCACAAACGUACAGUGGAAAAUGCACAUUAAAUUCAAGUAUUGCAUUAUUCAUUUACUUGAAGUGAUUCUUUGGCAGCACAAUGUUUCGUAACAGAUGUGUUAUAGUCUUAUGACAGAUGGUCCUUCGUUCCUUCUUAA